AUUUUACCCUUCCAAAAACGACAACCAAAAACACCCCACCACCCACUCUCCCACCCUUUCCCCUUCAUCAAUUUAACAAAAAACCUCUGUAAAUUUACUUAUAAAAACACACAUAAGAAAAAAUAAAAAGGAAAAAAGAAAAAGAACAGACCCCAUAGAGGAACUCAGCUAGCUUGCUGGCUGCCCUCUUCUCUUCUCUUCUCUUGCGCUCUUCCCAAAAAAAGAAGAAACAGAACCCUUUUGUAUUAUCUGCACCAGCAAUCUGUCCGUCUCUGUGUGUAAAAAGAACUUGCAUUGGUCAGUACCAGUGUGUACUUGCUUUUCAAGAUGGGUAAAGAAAGAGAGAAAGAAAGAGGAGGAGGAGGAGGAGGAGACAAGAAAAUGUUUAUAGGAGUCGUAAUGAACUGUGCAGCGGAGCUUAAGCUUCUUUUAACGGCUCUUUUAAUUCUUUGUACUAUUGCUACUCUUUUACAGUUUCUGCCAUCUCGUUUCACCAUCUCUACUUCUGAUCUCCGUUUCUGCAUUUCGAGAAUCACAACCACCACAACCACCACCACCACCACCACCUCUAUUGCCUUACCUUUGAAUUCUUCCUCUGUUUCUCCUCAGUCUUCUCCUCCAUCGUCUUUACAACAACCUGAAGAACAGCUCACUCCGAAUGGUACCGUCAAAAGAGCCUUUUAUCCACAUGGCGCCGCGGCUUAUAACUUUAUCGCCAUGGGUGCUUAUAGAGGUGGGUUUGACACUUUUGCUAUUGUAGGUCUCUCUUCAAAGCCUCUCCAUCUUUACGCCAAACCCACUUACCAGUGCGAGUGGGUCCCGCAUAAAAACUCCUCCUCUGGAGGCAGCGACCCCAUCACCGCCGUUGCUUAUAAGAUCCUUCCAGAUUGGGGUUACGGCCGUGUUUACACGGUUGUGGUGGUGAAUUGCACCUUCGCACAACCCAUUAACUCUGAUAAUUCAGGUGGCAAAUUGUUCCUGCAUGCUUCUACAUCCGGCGGUGGUGAUAGAGACUUCAACAUUACGGAUAGAUUUGAGGUUUUGCAAGAGCCACCCGGUAAUUUAAACAUUAGUUUGUUCACUACAAAGCCGAAGUAUGACUAUUUGUAUUGUGGGUCUUCUCUUUAUGGAGGCUUAAGCCCACAAAGAGUAAGAGAAUGGAUGGCCUAUCACGUGAGGCUAUUCGGUGAAAGAUCUCAUUUUGUUAUACAUGAUGCUGGUGGUGUUCAUGAAGAGGUUUUAGAGGUUUUGAAGCCAUGGAUGGAAUUGGGUUAUGUUACAUUGCAAGAUAUAAGAGACCAAGAACGGUUUGAUGGGUAUUAUCAUAAUCAGUUUAUGGUGGUGAAUGACUGUUUGCACAGAUAUAAGUUUGUGGCCAAGUGGAUCUUCUUCUUUGAUGUUGAUGAGUACAUUUACAUCCCUCCAAAGAACACUAUAAAGUCUGUUCUUGAUUCUCUCUCAGAUUAUAAUCAAUUCACUUUUGAGCAGAUGCCCAUGAGCAGCAAGCUCUGUCUCUCUGCUGAUUAUGGUAGAUAUUACAGGAAAUGGGGGUUUGAGAAGCUUGUCUAUAGAGAUAUCAAGAGGGGUAUAAGGAGGGACCGCAAAUACGCAAUCCAGCCGCGCAAUGUCUUCGCAACUGGGGUGCACAUGUCGCAGAACCUAGCUGGGAAGACGAAUCACAAGACAGAGAGCAAGAUCAAAUACUUCCAUUAUCACGGAACAAUAGCGCAGCGGCGCGAACCGUGCCGGAACUUGCUCAAUGUAACAGAAAUCAACUUUGAAAACAACCCUUAUGUUCUGGAUACCACAAUGCGCGACAUUGCUUGGUCUGUGAAGAAAUUCGAGCAGAAGAUGAUUGGUUCAAGGUUACAAAGCACACGGCAAUGACAGAAUAAUAUAUAUAUAUAUAUAUAUAUAUAUAUAUAUAUAUAUUAUAUAGUUCUUUCAUUUCUUGAUAAAUAUGAUAAAUUCUUCUUGGUUUAUUUAAUUGAUCUUUGAGUAGAACAGUGUUUCCCACCCUUUCUUCUUCUUUUUUGUAUGAUAAUGUUUCUUUCAUUUGAGUAUAGAGAUACAAGUGGUAUAUAUGAUAUAUCUAUAUGAUAUAUUGAUAUA